GUGUGCUUCCUGCUUCCAGACACGCAGAUUGCAAACGAGAACUUCGUCGAAGAGGUGUCGGGACUUCUGAACACCGGAGAAGUCCCAAACCUCUUCAACGCUGAGGACAAGACGCAGAUCUUGGAGCUUUGCACCAACCUCGCUGCCAAGGAGGGGCGCCAUGGCCCAGCAGAGGUGAUGGCAUUUUUCAUCGAGCAAUGCAUGAAGAAUAUGCACAUUGUCUUGGCUUUCUCUCCCAUUGGCGAGAACUUCCGUCGCAGGGUGCGGAUGUUCCCUUCGCUGGUCAAUUGCUGCACAAUCGAUUGGUUCCACGAGUGGCCAGAUGCCGCUCUGCAGAGUGUGGCGAAUCACUUCCUCGGCAAGACUGGCAUGCCAGACGACGUUCUGAAAGGUGUGGUGAAUGUUUGCGUGGCAAUGCAGAAGAGUGUUUUCACGUUGGCUGAGCGCUUCCAGAAGGAGGUGCAGCGCUACUACUACGUCACCCCGACAUCGUACCUGGAGUUGAUCAAUGCAUUUAAAGGUCUUUUGGCCAACAAGCAGGACGAGGUGUCCAAGAUCAAGUCAAGGUAUGAUGUUGGCCUGGACAAGAUCAUGUCCACUGAGGAGCAAGUCACCACGAUGCAGGCUGAGCUGGAGGAGCUGAAGCCCACGCUGAAGAAGACAGCGGAAGAAACGGUCCGCCCCCGCUCCUUCAGGUCUCUUGCCGGCUUCGGCCAUUAA